UCUCCAGGCUUUUUGCCCAAGGCACCCAGAAACCAUGGGGAAGCUAGUGGCGCUGACCUUGCUGGGAGCCAGUUUGGCCUUAAUAGGGGAAAGGCUUCUGAAUUUUAGAGAACGAGUUAGUACAACUCGAGAAAUAAAGUCCACAGAACCGCAGAACUGCCACCUGAUUGAGGGACUCGAGAAUGGCUCUGAAGAUAUUGAUAUACUUCCUAGCGGGCUGGCUUUUAUCUCCACUGGCUUAAAAUAUCCAGGCAUGCCAAACUUUGCACCGGACAUACCAGGAAGAAUCUUCCUGAUGGAUCUGAAUGAGCAAAACCCAAAGGCUCAAGCACUGGAAAUCAGUGGUGGCCUUGACCAGAAGUCACUAAAUCCUCACGGGAUCAGCACUUUCAUCGACAAAGACAACACUGUGUAUCUUUAUGUCGUGAAUCACCCCAACAUGGACUCCACUGUGGAGAUAUUUAAGUUUGAAGAACAACAACGCUCUCUCAUCCACCUGAAAACUCUAAAACAUGAACUUCUUAAGAGUGUGAAUGACAUUGUGGUUCUUGGGCCAGAGCAGUUCUAUGCCACAAGAGACCAUUACUUUACCAGUUAUUUCUUGGUACUUCUCGAGAUGAUCUUGGACCCUCACUGGACUUCCGUUGUUUUCUACAGCCCAAAAGAGGUCAAAGUUGUGGCCCAAGGAUUCAGUUCUGCUAAUGGAAUCACAGUCUCACUAGACCAGAAGUAUGUCUAUAUAGCUGAUGUAACAGCUAAGAACAUUCACAUAAUGAAGAAACAUGAUAAUUGGGAUUUAACUCCAGUGAAGGUAAUUCAGCUGGGCACCUUAGUGGAUAACUUGACUGUUGAUCCAGCCACGGGAGACAUUUUGGCAGGCUGCCACCCUAACCCCAUGAAGCUAUUGAUCUAUAACCCUGAGGAUCCUCCAGGGUCAGAAGUACUGCGCAUCCAGGACGCUUUGUCAGAGAAGCCAAGGGUGAGCACCCUGUAUGCGAACAACGGCUCUGUGCUUCAGGGCAGCACCGUGGCUUCUGUGUAUCAUAAGAGAAUGCUCAUAGGUACUAUAUUUCACAAAGCUCUGUACUGUGAACUCUAGAUCUUUCUCAAACGUCUUUAUAUUUGACAAAAGUAAAAUUGUAAUUUGUAUGCUAAGGGGAGCUGUAAUUAUUUCCAAUUACCAGUGAUUGGAUGUAUGGAUUUUCUUAUGGAGAAAAAUAAAGGAGCAUGGAAACUUAUAUCCAUGAAAUCAAGAAUCAAGUUAGUGAGAGGCAAGGCAACCAGAAACCCAUGUGUCCUUUAUUGUAUGUGCCCAACAUCUUCUGAUGUAUAGGCUGUAUCGGCUUUCGUUUCCCAUUCACUUGAAUUUGUGCCCCUUGUUAACUGUUCACUAAAACCACGUCCCACAACUGUGAUAGUCUGAGACUUCUGCAGUCCAUACUAAUAAAGAAGCGAAUAGCUAACUAUUUACAAUUCUCAUUCUCUGUUCUGUUUCGUAUACGGUACCAUCUUCCAGUCAUGGAUCCUGACCGAUAACUCUCAUCUUUAAACUCCAAAGCCUUUCUUGAACAUGGAUUUGCCAUACAGGGAGCAAGAUUCUGGAAAGCUGACAAACCGCAUCAGCUAGCUUGGUGCCUGUUAUGCUGUUGUAUAUCUUUGAAUAAGGCUUUUUAUAUCGAUACUUCCAUUGUGUCAUCAAUCUUGGCUCUGAGUGUAUGAUAGGGCCCUGGGAUAGUUACCUUCAGCCAUGUUCAUCUUCUUGACUAGUUAAUAAACACUUAGUAAGCAGCCUCCA